CCUUGGAAAUAGAAAACCGGUCAAGCUUCUGUUCCCGUCUGUUCACUGCAAGAGAAACGUUUCCUUGUUCAAUAGCAUAAAACCAAAACCUCCAAAAUUUCCCUUCGCCUGGAUUCUUUAUCAUAAGCCUCUUAUAUAUAUAUAUAUAUAUAUAAUCGGAGCAAAAUUUCAGUCUAUUGCUUAACUUUGUUGCUAGCUUCUUCGUUUUUCUUUACUGAGAAAGUUCGAGUUUGCUAACAUGGCAGGACCGGUUGUCGACUCAGUUUACUUGAAGGAGAUAGAGAAAGCCCGUCGAGAACUUCGUGCGCUUAUCUCAAGCAGGAAUUGCGCUCCUAUCAUGCUUCGUUUGGCGUGGCACGAUGCUGGAACUUAUGAUGCUAAGACAAAGACAGGAGGCCCUGAUGGCUCCAUCAGGAAUGAGGAAGAGUUGAACCAUAGUGCAAAUAACGGUUUGAGAAUUGCGCUUAGUUUUUGCGAGGAAGUGAAGGCCAAGCAUCCAAAUAUUACAUAUGCUGACUUGUUCCAGCUUGCUGGAGUUGUUGCAGUUGAGGUAACUGGAGGCCCGACCAUUGAGUUUGUUCCCGGAAGAAAGGAUUCAGUGGAAUCUCCUGAAGAAGGACGUCUUCCGGAUGCUAAACAAGGGGUAUCUCAUCUAAAAGACAUCUUUUACCGUAUGGGUUUGUCUGACAAAGAUAUUGUGGCAUUGUCGGGUGGCCACACUUUGGGAAAGGCACAUCCUGAAAGAUCAGGCUUUGAUGGCCCUUGGACACGGGAGCCUUUGAAAUUCGACAAUUCAUACUUCGUGGAAUUACUAGAAGGAGAAUCAGAGGGACUGUUGAAACUUCCGACGGACAUAGCUUUAUUGGAGGAUCCCGUGUUCAGAAACUAUGUAGAGCUAUAUGCCAAGGAUGAGGAUGCUUUCUUUAAUGACUAUGCGGUUUCGCACAAAAAACUAUCGGAGCUGGGCUUCACUCCACCUUCUCGUGUCAAGGAUGUCACAAAAUCUGGGAUAAUAUUGGCACAAAGUGCAGUGGGAGUUGCUGUUGCUGCGGCUGUGGUGAUACUGAGCUACAUCUAUGAAGGUCGCAGAAAAGCCAACUGAAUAGGACGUUUCUUGAUUAGCAAUAGCAUAUUAAUUAGAUAUUAUUCAUGAUAGAAACAUAUUCCCACCAACCGAACAAAUAUGUCGGAAUUUGCAGUAGAUUGCUUUAAAAUUCUUGAUGUUACGGAUUGUACGAGGACAUAAAAAGAUACAUUUAAGGCCUCCAUCCAUUAAUUCGGAAUAAAUGCAGGUGCAGCCAUAUUGUUAUAAAAA